CCCAUUUGUACAAGCUGGACUUCAAAAAUGAGCAAGUUGUGGUUAUCAGUAGGAACACCAGUUUCAGUUUCCUGUAUGGAAUAUGGACUAAAUCUCUUAAUUCUUCGUGAUUUUCUUGUUCCAUUUUGUUGAAUAUUUCAAGUCAACCCAUUCUCACCCACUCCCCGGCUAUCUAAUACUAAGUAUAUGUAGUACAUAUUCAUUCGUGUUUGUAUACCAACCUAACAGCUCAAACACUCUAAUCAACCAAUAUGAUUUCACUUAUGUCUUCUGCGAAAUCUCUUCUCAUUUCGCCUAUGGAACACUUCAUCCAUCCCGACUUUCACCAAAUCUUUCAAACAAUGACACUCGUCAACAAGUUUCUCUUUCUGUUAAUUCAUAGUGUUGAUAAGUCAGGGAUAGGGUGGCACCGUUUGCCGGUGUUCUUGGGGCUAAUCUACUUGGCUAUACGCCGGCGUCUUCAUGAGGAGUACAACUUGAUCAACGUGGGGAAAACUCCUGUGGGGUCUCGAUUCAAUCCCAGUGACUUUGCUUUCAGGUCUUCCAACGGAAAGUUCAAUGAUCCAUUAAAGGAAGAUGCCGGAAGUCAAGGGUCUUUCUUUGGCCGGAACAUGACUUCCGCUGAUCAGAAAGAUAAGCUAUUGAAGCCAGAUCCUAUGGUGGUGGCAACAAAGCUUCUAGCACGCAGAGAACUUAAAGACACUGGAAAACAGUUCAACAUGAUUGCUGCUUCUUGGAUUCAGUUCAUGAUUCAUGAUUGGAUCGAUCACCUCGAGUCAACACAACAGAUUGAACUCAAGGCACCCGUGGAAUCUGCGAAUGAAUGUCCUCUUACAUCCUUCAAAUUUUACAAGACUAAAGAAGUUGAUACUGGUUUGUCCGACAUUAAGAAAGGUCAUCGUAACAUCAGAACUCCAUGGUGGGACGGGAGUGUAGUAUAUGGAAGCAAUUCGAAGAAGAUGCGCCAAGUGAGAACAUUCAAAGAUGGAAAGUUGAAGAUCGAAAAAGACGGCCUCCUGCAACAUGACAGCGACGGAUUGCCCAUCGCCGGCGACGUUCGUAACAGUUGGAUUGGGGUAUCAACCUUGCAAGCACUAUUCAUCCUCGAGCACAACGCCGUUUGUGAUGCAUUAAAGAAAGAAUAUCCUUAUUUGGAAGAUGAAGAUCUGUAUCGUCACGCAAGACUAGUAACUUCGGCAGUUAUUGCAAAGAUACACACCAUUGAUUGGACGAUUGAGCUUCUCAAAACCGACACACUUGUCGCCGGAAUGAGAGCUAACUGGUAUGGGCUAUUAGGAAAAAGAUUCAAGGACACAUUUGGGCAUGUUGGAGGAGCCAUUUUGGGAGGUCUUGUAGGGUUAAAGGAACCCGUUAAUCAUGGUGUACCUUACUCACUAACAGAAGAAUUUACGAGUGUUUACAGAAUGCAUUCUCUCUUACCUGAUCAACUCUUCAUCAGGGAUGUCAAUUCAAAGCCAGGGCCUAAUAAGUCUCCAAAAUUGAGCAAAACGAUUGAUAUGAUAAAUUUGAUUGGAAAGAGUGGGGAAAAGGAAUUGUUAGAUAUUGGAUUUACAACACAAAUGGUAUCAAUGGGGCAUCAAGCAUGCGGGGCACUUGAGUUAUGGAAUUAUCCGGUGUGGUUGAGGAACAUUGUACCUCAAAACGUUGAUGGCACAGAUCGCCCAGAUCAUAUCGACUUAGCAUCACUCGAUAUUUAUAGGGAUAGGGAAAGGAAUGUAGCAAGAUACAAUGACUUCCGUAGAUCACUACUCUUGAUCCCGAUCUCAAAAUGGGAUGAUCUAACGGACGAUAUAGAAGCUAUUGACACAUUGCAUGACGUGUAUGGUGAUGAUGUGGAGCAACUCGACCUUUUGGUAGGAAUGGCGGCGGAGAAAAAGAUCAAAGGGUUUGCCAUCAGUGAGACUGCGUUUAUAAUUUUCUUAAUCAUGGCAUCAAGGAGACUCGAGGCAGAUAGAUUUUUCACAAGUGACUUUAACGAAGAUGUGUACACGAAAAAAGGUUUUGAAUGGGUGAACACAACCGAGAGUUUGAAAGAUGUGUUGGAUCGCCACUAUCUGGGAAUGACCGAUCGUUGGAUGAACUCAACGAGUGCUUUUUCUGUUUGGGAUGCUGCACCAGAAUCACAUAAUCCUAUACCAUUAUAUUUUCGUGUCCCUAAUUAAGUAAUUAUUCAUGUUUUGUAUGUAUAUGUAUUAGGGUUUACUUAUUGCAUGGAUCUUCUGAAAAGAAAUUUUUUAAAUGGUAAAUCAAACCACAUGUCCGUACAUGUGGUAAAUGAUGAUUUUUUAUAUUAAAUGUUUAGCUCAACAUAAAUAGGAAUAAAUUCAUAUAAUUCUAAACGGAAAAUUUUAUUAAAAAC